CUCUCCUCAGUGUGGUCGCUGGAGGUUGAUGUCACAGGCAGCAGCAGCAGCAGCAGCAGAGUCUUUCGGACAGGACUGAGCUGGUCAGAGCGACGCUGUGAGGAGAGGAAAAAAGUGGGCGAUGUUGCAGCUAAGAUCUUGUUUGUGGACACUGUGGACAGGCUGUUGUUGAUACAGUCCACGGACGGGUUUUUUAGCUUUUCCUCAAGCUGAAAGGUUGGGGUAGCCUCGUCGCCGCAGUAUUUUUAGCUCACUUCUGAAAGGAAUACAAAAAUGUCGUCUCCAAGUCCGGGCAAGAGGCGAAUGGAUACCGACGUGGUGAAACUGUAUCCUUUUCAGACCAUAAACACCAAGAGUGAAGAACCAAAGCAGAGUGAUAUUAUCUCUCUGCUGUUAGUGUUGAUCUCUGCGUUAUGGUGAAUGUUAGGCUGACAUUACUGAUAGCUGUGUGAGAUUGGUGUGUGGAGUAAAAGUGUAAACACUCAAAUGUAAAUGUGUAGUUUUGUGUCUAAUGUGUGGCUGAGGUUUAUAGCUUAGCUGGCUCUCGGCGAAGUUGGCAGAGAGGAGAGGAAGCUGCAGCUUUAACGUAAUUUUAUCUGUUAGCAUGUUAGCUCGCUAACACAUUAGCAGCUUUGUAUACACAGCAGCGGAGUCUGAGGCUGACUGAGCAUCCGCUUUAAGGCGACAAAGUUAGCUUGUUAAACUGUCAAUAUGUAGUCCCACCGGACUGACAACAUCAUGUGAAGGACUGGCGGAGACUUCUUCACGCUUUGGAAAUACCUUUUCAAACAGACAAGUUUAUUCUGUCGUGUUAUUGACGUGGACGUUAAGGUAGCUGCUGUGUACCUGUGUACAACCAAAGGGAUCAAAAAAGGUCGUUGUGGUUAUUCUAUUAAAAGAAAAAUGUAAACUCGACACCUAAAACACGUUUUAAAAACGGGAAAUGUAAAAUCAAAAUAGUUAAGAUUAAAAUAUGAUCAAACACAAAGCAAUAUAUUAAUUUACUUUACAGCCUGACUCACAGUUAGCAUGUAACAGAAAUGUAUUAUAAACACAGUUAAAGGGUGCUUAAAUGCGAAUACAUGCAUCACCUUCUUCAUUAUUAUUUUGUAUUAUAUUUGAGUAACAUCCAUCUUUCUUUUGUAUGUUACUUCAUGUUAUUAUUUAUGUUAUUAUUUUCUAAAACUAAAGCUGAUGGUGCAGUCAUAUCGAAAUGACUUCUCGCAUAAUGUCUUUUUUCGUGUUAUUUUUAGCAGUUAUGCGCAGAAGUUUGCAUGAAAGGGUUUCCGACAGCGUGAGCUGAAUUGUUUUGUUUUUGUCCUGCAGCUAUAUGCUGCUCUCUGAUUGGCCAGUCUGUUACCAUCCGGAACACGGCGGAGGGCGGAGUUUCACACACAGCUGAUCGAGGAACAACAAGCGUGCAGUACGGGGCACAUGAGGGGAUGGGGGCUGGGAACAUCCCGUCCAUGGCAGCAGGGCCCGUGUACUAUAAAAGACUCUGUCGCGGAGUGGUUGGACAUGUUGUUUCCAAUUAAUAAGAAUUAUCCAAUGGUCCUUCAAUCCAGGGUGUAGCAUCAUGAGUGCAUGUUGUGACUUUAAGACUAAACAGCAAAAACAAACAUUUUUAAAAGUGGUGAAAAAUCAGGAGGAAGUGCUGAUAGAGCCGUGUGCCCUGUGAGCUUUUGUCAAAAAUAGAGCCUCUCCCUUGUGUAGUUACAUUACUCCUGGGUGAGCAUGUGCUUAGGUUUCUAUCCAUGAGCCGAAGGGAAAUGCAUCAAGGAGUGAUGCAGGUUUUUAACGGCAUGAAUCUAUGACAGGUUUUAUUUAUAGAGCUGGUUGCCUCACAACACUUUUAGAGACACUCUGUCUUCUUGGUCAGUGGUUUGUGAACCUUCUUGGGUUGACUCCCUGCUAGAUGUUUUCUCUUCUAUCGGCCUCUGACAGUCCUGCAACAAAGCUGUGUAGUGCUGUUAUGAGUGUUUUUUUUUCUAGACGUUCGGCUAAAUAAACAUGCAUAUGUUACCUUGUUUUUUUGUGUGAAUAGAGAUGACAGGAGGAUUUAUGACAGCAUGAUGAAACAGAGUGUGACAGCUCCCAGUGUGGUUUUGUGUUGUUGUUUUUUUUUUUCCUACACAGUCUGUCACUGUGUCACACUCACGCAGUCAUUGAUUGAAAGCGCUCGACCCUGCUGCUGUCAACACAAGCUGUGAAUACGACACUGUCUUCUCACCCAAAUCACACUUCAUCAUCUCAGGCUGUAGUUACCUGUAAAAAAAAAAAAGAUCCAAUUAAUGUACCUUAUUUCUGAUGUCUGCACCAUCUGUUUUCAUAAACUUUAUUUAUAUGACACCUUUUAAACGAAGUGAGAACUUGAAAUUACUUUAAAAUUACACAUAGAAAUAGAAAGAAAAAGCAAGAGCAAAUACUGAAAAACAAUUAAAUUAGUUCUUGAUCAAACCUGCACCUAAAAGCAAAAAAUGAAAUGUUUUAGGAACAAUAAAAUAUGUCACAGUUAGAAUAGAAAGAUUCACCAAAUAUAAGAAUAAAAAAGCAAAAGUACCUGUUAUCUAAAGCGAGUGUUUGAAAUGGAUUUUUCAUCUUCACAGGUACGGGUCUAGGUAAGGGGUUUAGUAGUUUAAAAAUAAUGAGAUUGUAGUUUUCUUAUUUGUGUUGCAGUUUGUUUUCAGAAAGCAGGUUGAAAAGGAUCUCAGAGGCAUAAAUGAUAAAAGUAGGUUGUUCAAAAUGAUUAAUUUUUGCGUUUAACGGCAUCAACUGACAUAAUCAGCAUCGGCCCCAAGAAGGCCGUUAUCACCUGCAUAUUUUCUAAGUGAUAACACAUCUUUCUUAUCAUCCUUUAAUGGCGUAUCACAUCUAAAACAGUCAUUGACUAGUGUUUGAAUAAUGUACUGUAUUACAAUAUUCAAUAUCAACAGCAAUAUCAGCCUGUCUUCACCACAACCCAAUAUCUGUCUUUUCAUUGAUUCAGUACAACUCCCUCAUAAGACAACCACUUAGUCAUAUUUUCAUGUAUGUGGAAUAACGAAUCUAUACAUGAUUUUCUUCUCAUAUUUUAACCAGCAUUUACCUCAUAAUAUAUUAAAAAUUACAUAUUGUCAGACAGAAAUCAAAAAGUCUUCUGUGGCAAAAUUUAAUUGAGCUCAUUUUGUUUUCUAUCUAUGUCUAUUUGAUUAAAAAUUCACUAAAGUUUAACACCUUUCUUUGUAAUUUGUUAAUGUUAUUUAAGUGGUUUGUGAUUUUCAUACAUUGACCAUCAGCUGACCGGCUCUCUCAUUAUCGGUAUUAGCAAUCGAAACAAUUAAGAGUCACUAAACACAAGUAAAAACGUAGGAGUCAGCUUGUUUGACUUAAUAGAGGUCUUCUCAUCCGUGCAGGUUCAGCCUCAGUAGUUUGAUUUUCACUAAAGUGAAGUUGUGAUCAUAAACACCAUCAGCAGCCUCUUGUUUACUUUAAAAAGUCAGAUUGACAGCUAUCUACAGGCUGUUUCCUUCUGCUGGACGAGGUUCAGACCCAUGUCGAGGUUUGUCCAACACUGCAUUAUUGAUCUAGUGUUAUUGAUCCAGUCUUUACCCAGACAAGUUCAUACAGGCACUUUGACCAGCCUACUCAGCAGCUCAGCUUGUUUUUGAUCCAUGGUUUUUUUGAAGCCAUGUUUGAUUUUGUCAGAAUCCUCUUUCUCUGCUGUAACCAUCAUUUCGAGCAUCUCUUCUCCCUAACUUGUUAUCAGCAUUGAGAGCAAACAUGAGGUCACCAUCCUCAGCGGACUCAACGAGUUUGUGGUCAAAUUCCAUGGGCCGCAAGGAAGUAAGAGUCACAGAUAUAUAUGUGUUUUUUUUUCUUUCUUUUCACUCAGAAUGUGUUUGAAUACUGACAGGUCUUUUCUUUCCAGCACCGUAUGAAGGAGGUGUGUGGAAGGUCAGAGUAGACCUGCCGGAUAAAUACCCCUUCAAAUCACCAUCAAUAGGUAUGAAAACUCUCUGCUGUGGGAAAGAUUCUGAAUCUCAGUGUUCAAUCAUAAAGUUAGAUAAUUGACACAUCUUCCCUUUUUUUCACAGGAUUCAUGAAUAAAAUCUUUCAUCCCAACAUUGAUGAAGCGUAAGUAGAAAACAUUUCACAUCCUUUGGCCUGAAGCAGAUUCUAAUAUUUGCAUAUCAUGUCGCUGAAAACACUCUUGAUUCCUGCUUGUCUUGGCUGCCAUGUUGUACUCAGUGUUUUGUCUUUUUCAGGUCAGGAACUGUGUGCUUAGAUGUCAUAAACCAGACAUGGACGGCUCUCUACGGUAAGCUACAGCCAGGACUCAUGCAACAGCAGCUUGAUGUAGUUCACUGAUAAGUGGGUUAGACUGACUGUCAAUUAGGGGGGUUUCCCAACUUGGUGUCUUUUGUCUAUGUGAGUGUAUGCAAGGAUUUUAUCCCAUAGAUAAUGCUAAUAGUGAUAUUGUAUUGUGUGAGAUUUAAUCACAGCUGAGAGAUAACCCUAUUUGUUGUCCAGCCUGCUUUUAAUCCACUUUAUUUUGUUUCUAGUCAUGUGCUGUCUCUUUGAAACACCCAGAUAAGCAAUUGUGUGUUUUGCUGGGGCGGUGUGAUACCACUGUGGUGAGCAGUUAGCUCUUUUAAGUUCGGAUGACUAAUACACUGAACACAAUUCACACAGUCACCCUGUUAGAACCACUGUUGAUGCAGAUUCAUGAGUGUUUAAACAAAGUUUUUCACUGAGGCUUAUUUCUCGAAAACAGAAAAAGUCUGAGCAGACUCAAGAGUUUCAUAAUAUCUUUAUAUUGAUCAUGAAACUACCAAAUCUAUUUUUAGUAAAAGACGUCAUCUAUUUUUGAACAGUUCCCCAAGAAUCACACUGACAUCUGAUGGCAGGUAGCAGAAACACACUUUUCUGUAUCUGAAAUGACUUGUGUUUUCUACAGUUGAGUUUCUAACAGCUUUGCUCAUGUUACGUCGAUUUGGAAAUGGGAGGAAAAAUCAAGAGACCUCUAGUGGAACAUGGUGCAGCUGCGCUUAAAAUGGACUUCUUCUUCUGCACUGACUCAACUUUUUCUCCUCUCUUCCUCCAGACCUCACCAACAUCUUUGAGUCAUUCCUCCCCCAGCUGCUCGCCUACCCCAACCCCAUCGACCCUCUGAACGGAGACGCAGCAGCCAUGUACCUGCACCGACCUGAGGAUUACAAACACAAGAUCAAAGGUAGUCAAAGCGCUAAAACUUUGAAGUGUUGAACAAUGUUUAGAGAGUUUAGUACAAACUGCUGCAGUUUGACAAUUCAAGUCUGAGACCCAAAUUGCAAAUGGAUGAGGGGCUGUUUGAACUACAGGGAUUUAUAUCACCGUAUGGCAAGUCAGGCAUGUUCACAGUGAUUUAGUUGAGAUCUGAGUGUUUUUGGGACAUGAUGAGGCAGACAAAGAACAAGAUAACCUGUGAAUUGAAAUAUUUCCAGAAAUUAGUUUCAGUUAUGAAAAGAAAAGAGGCCGUAUACUUAUAGUAUACUAAAGUUAUUGGAUCAUGAAAACCAGAACUGAUCAAAAUUAAACUUCGUUAAACAGUAUUAAACAUUGUUGUUCUAAUUUGUGAUCUGAUCUCUUCCUGUGUGACAGGAUGUCUGGCAAAUGUCAAAUAAUAAAAUACUGAUGCACACUUUGAAGUAUAUUUGCUGUUCCCUCAUGACCCCACACUGAUCUGAUAGGAUAGUACCCCCCAUUCGAUUCCUCUCAUCAAAAUAGUAAAACUUUUUUCAAACGAUUAUUUAUUUUUAAAAUGAGUCAAUAAUCACCUAAUAUAAAAUCCUUUUGUGUUCUGGUUAUCUUAGAAUAAGUUUCACUACCUUGUCACUUCACUGACAGCAGGAGUAAACCAGGAAGCAUUUCAGUCCAGAAUGGGAGAGCUGGAUAUCCCCCGUUUUCCCACUUUUUCCACACACAGCGCCUUUAAUAGAUCAAUUGCAGAGAUAUUCUUUCGGCAACUUUUUAAAAUUUGUUUUCAGUCUUUUGAGGAUGUGAGAAAUCAGUGACUUCAAUGUUAAAUGUCUGUCUGUAGUUGUUGAUGUUUCGUUUUGCAUCUCUGUGUUUUUCUGUCAGAGUACAUCCAAAGGUACGCCACAGAGGAGGCUCUAAAGGAGCAGGAGGAGGGGGGAGGUGACUCCUCUUCGGAGAGCUCCAUGUCAGACUUUUCCGAGGACGAGGCUCAGGACAUGGAGUUGUAGUGAAGGGCCCCGCCCUCUUCACCGUGCAACAGACUGACAUGUCCUAAAGAGCAGAAGCUCAGUACUUUAUUCAUAUUUAAGACAAUUUUUUACUGCAACACGAUGAUUUUUAUUGUUACACAAGGAUUUGCAGUAUGAUAUUGCAGAAUAUUAACCUUUACAUAGGAGUUCAUGACCACCUGCUCGCCACCCUCUUCAUCAUCAUGACGGAAGCCUUUGGGGUCAAAAAGGAAGGAAUACUCUGUUUUCAUGCUUGAGUCUUGGAUUUUACACCAUCAGGAUGAUCAUCAAAACGACACUGUUUAUACACAUUUUCCCUUUUGAAUCAACCAGCAACACCACCCACUCUUCCUUUUUUUUUUUAUUCAAAAUGUCAGUCUAUCACCAGGUUGACUGAGGAAUACAAGACGAUAAAUAUGAUAACCACCCAAACGUGCUCUGCUUCCACUGAGCGCCGAUAUCUUUUUCAUUUAAAUUGUUUUUUUUUUUUUUGGGACACUGAAGAAUAACCGUUAUAAUCAUCAGUCACCCCUGAAGGACCAGAGCUAAGGCUAUGGUGUGGUCACAUGUACAGACUGGACCAGAUUGCCUCCUCUUUUGCAAAGCUGCUGACACAUCAACACACACUGUCAAACAGCCAAUGCACACAAUAUGACCAUCAGCCACUCGUGUGUUUUUUGUGUGUGCACCUUUGAGUGUAGGAAUGUAAUUCAGAGAGGAUCCUGGUGUUUUGAUAAUCUGUGCCGUACCGCUGAUGCGCAAAAAAGAAGGUUCAUAACACUUUUUAUGCUUUGACUCUCUCUUUCUCUUCCCCCCUCUCUCUCUCCUCUCCGUUUUAGGAAAGUCUUUUUCAUUUUUGGAGUAUCUUUGUAUAUCGUGGCAUGACACUGAAGUAAAGUUGUGUAGACAUGUGGGGGAUGCCGAGUGGGGUUUUCCAGAGAUUAUCCAGGUCCCUGUUGAACUGUUGAACUUCUGAACUCUACCUGUUGCUUGUGUUGAACUACAGUAUAAUAGGUGUCUGAAUUGCAUAGGUAUAGUUAGUUUCUUUUUAUUUUACGGGUGGUGAAUCUUGUCAUAACAUAUGGUUUAAUACUUAAAAAGAAUAUUUUAAAGACUAGUUGUCCUCUUACUAUAAGAAGAAUGGAUACGUCUUUUGUCUUUAGGAUGACUUUUCGUUCAAAAAAUCCUCCAAAGACAUGUUGCACCCCUGAUUCCCUGCACCCUUCUUAUGCAAAUGUGUCCAUAAAAGAAGAUUUAUGUCAUCAGACAGAAGUGCUCUUUGUUUGGCGUUUCACGCUAUUGAUGGCUGGCUGUUUUUUUUUUUCUAAAAAUGGUGGGACCAAUAUCUAACAGGGCCAUGACUUUUCAGUUUAAACACCUCAAUGUCCUCCUUGAGUGGACUGAGGAUGGAAGAGUUUACUCUGAGGCUUCAAAAUAAAAGAAAAGAUGUACCCUUCUCCUGGUCAGUUACAGCUAAAGUUUUCUUAUGUCCUGGUUUACUCCUGGAAGGUGUGUUUGCCUAUGAAGAGGAAGUGUUACUGAGCAGUGACAGUUCAGUGUUAAAUUUCAUGGUUGUGCGCUGCUCCGUGUUCGAGCACAGGCUUGAAGCUUGAUCCUGAUCGUGAUCCUGUUUUAAAACAUGCACAUGUUGCAGAUUAGUUUGAAAGGAAACAAAAGAGUCAUAUUCGUCACCACCAAAAUGGACUUCUUCAUCUUGUUUGGAGGAAAUUUAAACUAAAAAAUGUAAUAAUCCUGUUCAAUCCCUUUAUUUUUCUUCCAUGGUGUUUUGCAAGAGGGUUUUUUCUACUUGGUAGAGUUGUUCAAACUUGUAUAUCACAGUUUUGAAAUAGCAUGAACAUGUUUUUAUUGUAUAGCCUAGUAAAAUGGCUCUAAUUAGCCUUGGUAACCAAAUAUAAUUUGAUGUAGAUCUUAGGACUACAUGAUGUCACAGAUAAUAAUAGUCAUUUGAAUAAAAGACACUGUCCAGCUUUGUUACUGGUCGAGAUCUGGAAUCAUCAGUGUAAAAUUUUUUGUUUUUUUUCUUUUGGAUGAGACACAAAUAUUUGAUGACGAUAAUUUGUUUGAUUGUUUUAAUUUUUUUUGUCUCUAAAGCCCAGGAUACAAGUCCAGAUAACCCUGAUUUUUAAAAUGCAAAAAAGUGAAUAAAUGUGCUUCCCUUGUAACUUGAAGAAAUAAACAAAAUAUACAAACUAUAA